AACACACUCUCUAGGCGGCAGUGUGCACCCUUUGAAUUUAUUUGCCAACUCAAAUAUGUAGUGGAAGAAAAUGUAUUACUUUACAAUGGAGAUGGACUCAAUUGCGCUACCUUUGCACUCACAGACGCCAUAGUUGGACAGAUAUAAUAAUGCGAUGUCUAUCUAAGUCUAUGGGUACCACAUACACGCCUCUAUCUUUUCUCAUCUGCAGCCACCACUUCACCGAGAACUUGCUUUUUUCGCUACUUUGUUGAGCGGUUUUGAAUGAGGACCAAAUUGCAUUGUGUAAUAUCAAUUAAGGAAUAAAAGACCGACGCUUCUGGAAAAGUCACCGCAGCACCCGAGCAAACAUCUUUCGAAAACCGGUCUUACACCAUCUCUGGCCUUUAUAUUAACUACUACGCUACUGUGUUAAAAUGACAGCAAAGCACCGAGGGAAAAAGAACAAACACAAUCACGAAGACUUUAACAAUAUUAAUCAUGAAUCUUCGGAACCGGAGGCGCGAGGUGGAAACCAGUAUACGCUUUUGUUCAUUUUAUUCGUUCUGAUUGUGGUCGGAGGUGCAACGGCUGCAUGGUUCUGUUUUCAGCAACACCAAAGUAUAACCUACUUAGCAGACAACCUCAUGGGCAUGCAGAUGAAGAUGUUGAAGCUUCAGUCCUUCCAGGGCGAAAUUAUACAGACAAAUGAAAAGCUGCUCAGUACCGACGGCUUUGAGCAUCGCCUCAACACCCUGGAAGAGUCAUACGAACUGGCCCAGAAGCAGGUAGGCAUGGCCCUGGCCAUAGCUGAACAACUGAAGACCUCAGACCUGCCCACCCAGGUCCUCUCCCUACACACAGAGAUGAAGGCCCGGCUGGCAGAGAUGCAGCAGGCCACAGUGUCCGCGGAUCAGCUGACCCAGCUGCAGGCAAUGCUGAAGGGGAAGAGCGAAGAGUUUGAAGCUGUCCGGCUGCAGGUGGAGGGCCUGGCAAGGGUGAGCACGGAGAUGGCCCAGAGCGUCGAGGGCCUGACAGGGAGCCUGGCGGAGGCUGAGUCCAAGCUGGAGGAGAGGGAAGGGCUGGUGGGCACACUGAGUGCCACAUUGGAGGGCCAGACAUCAGAGCUCCUAGGGCUUAAGGAACAGCUGGCUGCCAACCAGGCUCAACUUGAGGCCAGUACAGUGGAGAUCGCAAGUGUCAAGGAGCUGAUGGAGAUGGGGCAGUCUCAGAGGGCCCAGCUGGUUACGGUAGAACAGAGUCUGCAGGAGCAGAACUCAGCAGCCCACAGUCUGCACUCUGAGCUCCUCGCUCAGCUGGAGGAUGUGCAGAAACAGGUCGCCCAGCUGGAAGGAGGGUUUCAAACAGAUGAGCCCUCAGAGGAGGUGGCGGAGGAGACUGCUCUGGCUGCUGCUGAGGAGGUGGAAGAGGAGGAGGUGGCGGAGGAGACUGCUCUGGCUGCUGCUGAGGAGGUGGAAGAGGAGGAGGAGGUGGCGGAGGAGACUGCUCUGGCUGCUGCUGAGGAGGUGGAAGAGGAGGAGGAGGUGGCGGAGGAGACUGCUCUGGCUGCUGCUGAGGAGGUAGAAGAGGCUGCUGAUACUGCUGCUAAGGAGGUGGAAGAGGAGCAGGCUGCUGAGGAGGAGGUGGUGGAGAAGGAGGCAGCUCACUUGGAUGGGGAGCCUGCUGAACAGGAGGACUCUGCUCUCACAGAGGAACAGACUGCUCCUGCAGAGGAGGAGAUGGUCGAGGAGCAGGAGGACUUGACAGAGGCAGGACCGGAAGAGUGGUUGGAAGAAGAGAAUGUAGACCAGGAGGAUUCUGAAGCAGAGGAGCAAGGGGAGGAAGAAGACGAAAAAACAGAAGAAGAUGAGGCCUCUCCUGAGGAGGAAUGGUGAAUGUAAACAGCAAGGAAAGUCUUCUACAGCCACCAAACUCCGAGAGGAUAAUGGACACGUUCAGUCUGCAUCAUGACAAAUGGGAAGGCAUUGCCGAUGUUGAGGUGCAAUAAACAUGAACUUUUUCUCACCAAGGGGAAAAAUCAGGUCAAUAGGAUUCACACAAUUCUCUAGAAUCAGUAUUGUUACAUCAAUGAACGUGUGUAUGAGAGGGCUAACUGGUCAGGCGAUGGUUAAUAAUAUUCAGGACUCACCUGCCAAUACCAACCUCAAAGCCUUAAUCUAUUUUAACACAGCUCUUUCUAUAGAUUAUUUUACGUACACCAAAAUGUCACUUUUUCUGCAAGCUCAGUUGAAACAAAGUGACAAGGAGGACUAACUAAACAGCCAAUAGGAAAACACAAAUUCACUCACACGAUCAAACAAAGCCAUAAAAUAUGCCCAUCUUUGUUGAUAUGAAAUUGGCUUUCUUUUUUGUCAUUGUCUGAAAUGUCUUGUUGGGAUUUUAAUUAGAAUAAGAUAUACAGAACAAGAGUCCUAAUUCCUGUGUAAACAAAUAACAGCCUACUAAAGGAAUAGCAUGGGGGUAGCAAGGGCCAUAUCUGUGAAAUACUAACAUUUAUGUACAGUUUUACUGAAGAUUGUUAGUCUAGUUGUUUUUAUUGACUUUUUUCUUUAAACUGUUUGUCUGUACACAAAGUGCGCUGUUACUGCCCAGGCAUUGGGUGCUUCUCUCACAACGUACCGUUCAUCUCUGAUCUCUGUGAUGUAUCUUUUAUAAAAUAAACCCUGGGCUAUCCUCUGGAUUUUUUUUUUACA